CCAGACUCGCCUUUCAUUGCCCAUGACUAUUAAUAUAUUCUCGCAGCAGCCGGACACAGCGGCCAUUAGGCAUACAGUUGACUCCACAAAAUGCGUCUUUGACCCACCACUGGCUGUACAUACCGACACCACUGGCACGCUGUACAUAACUGAGCAUGCGCUCAUGUACUUUUCGGCUGCUGAGAGCUUUGGGUUCUCGAUCGAUUACCAAAGCAUUGUCAUCCACGCCAUUUCACGCUCAGAAGAGCAGUCUACAGGCAGCAGCCUGUACUGUCAGCUGGACUGCGCAUUUCCAAACACACGCUCAGAGAAUGAGGACAGCGAUGACGAGGAGGAUGGGGAAGAGUUUAGCGAGGUGCGGUUUUUCCCAUCCAGUGCUGACGAUGUUGACACAAUGUUUCGGGUCAUGUCAGAGUGUGCUGCGCUGAAUCCCGACCCCGACAUGGAGGAGAGCGACGACGAGGACACGCUCCCGCAUAUCGAUUCCAAUGACAACGAUGAGGAUGCGGAUGGUAUGCAAGGCGCCGUUCAGGAGAUCGGCAGCUUUGACCCUUCCAGCUUCAUUACCUCGGAGGACCAGCUAGACCAGCUGACGCCCGAGGGCAGAAAAACCCUGGACCGACUCGAGUCCUUGGUUGCUGUCCCUGACAACCAAAACAACCAUGGUGCAGACCGCUUUGCAGACGCAGACUAGCAGAUUCUAUUGAAUAAAGGCACUAAUAAACGUAUCUGUGGU